UGCCGACGACGCCGACACUGUCAUAAUUCCAUAAACAAAAACAUGGCGCCGUGUAAAAGUUUUUGGUCGUGAAUUCUUUGUGUAUUAUCAAAGAAAACUUUCAACAGUUUGUGAGAUUUGUGUUCGAAGACAGCAAAAUUUAAAGUAAACGAUGCCGGCGGACUACGACAGUCGCUUUUCGCCGAUCACCCGGCUGUACCUCUUCACGAGUGUCGUGUCGAUUGCCCUGAAUGCCACCUUUUUCACUUACAUCCUCUGCGCCGACAAAAUGUACGACAUCGGCAGAUGUAGGUCCUCGUGGGUGCUGAUGUUGCUGCCCGCUAUCGAACUGGUGAAGCAUUAUUACGUGCGGACGGCGUUCCGUUUGGAUGGAACCGCGAAGACGUCCGGAUCCGGACAAUCAUCCUCCAAAUCCGGCAGCAAGCUUCAACCGAGACGAACCUCCCCCGCCGAUGAACUGGCCGGUACCGUGAUGGUCUUCCUCCUGGCAAUGCUUUUCUACGGAUUCAUCUGUUUGAUUCUGGGAGCCCCCUUGGAACAGUUUGAAGAAACGGUCUCCCUUUCGGUGGUGCUGACCACCCUGACCAUUUUCCCAGUAGUUCUCUUCAUUGGCCACUCCGAAACGUUGCAGCUGCUGUUCACGGAAUCGCUGGAACUGCGUACCCCAUUGGCCAACGGCUAUCUAACACUGCUGAAGAACAACUGCAUCGGAGUGAUUUUGGGGGCUUGGGGUGCGUCGGUUGUGGCCCCGCUGGACUGGGAUCGCCCCUGGCAGGUGUACCCAGUGCCGAAUGUGGUCGGCGCCAUCGGGGGGGCCUUUGGGAUGAAUAUCUACACUUUGCUCAGCACCACUUACUUUGCCUUCUGUAAGGCUGGCAGGACACGGGGAAUCGUGUAGGAUGGCGGUUGGCGAGGGCUCAAGUCGAGAUUCUAGUCGAGAAUGAGAAUUUUGGUUCGGAUAUCGAAAGCGCGACCAAAUCAUGGCACAUAUAUCAAGUAUUACUAGAGUAGAUAAGACUUAUUUGCAUUUCAAUACACGUAGUUUCUUCCUUUGUUUCAUUAUUCGUUUCACCA